AUUCAAACGUUAUUUUGUUUUUCCCUUCCAACCCAUUCCUGAAUGUUACCGUUACACCACUAACGUCUCUUUCCAUUUCUAUUACAUCUUAUUCAAUUUUUUCAUUUCAAAUCUUCAACACAAAAACCUCAACAAAUCAAAAUCAAAUUCUUCCAUUCUAUUACAUUGAUCGAACAAAAAUCAUUCUCAAACAACAACAAUGGCACUUAGACCUAUUGACAACGCUCUUCCAACAAUAACCCAAGAAAGACCCAAAAAACAACCUAAAAUCGCUCUCUCAACCCAAAAACCACAACAUUCUUCCAACGAUGAAAAUCAAAUCCCAUUGGAACCCACCAUUGAUUAUAUUUCAUCUGAUAACCUUAAACCCAUGUCAGAUCCUGAAGCUCAGAUUCAAAGUUUGAUUGAAGAUUUGGACUCAAAAAACUGGGUCAAGGUUUGCGAGUCGUUGAACGAUGUUAGGCGAUUUGCAUUGUUCAAUUCGUCUCUUCUAUUACCCAUUUUGGAUAAAAUUGUGUUGGUGGUGGUGAAGGCAAUGAAGAAUCCUCGUAGUGCUUUAUGCAAAACCUCUAUUAUGGCUGCUUCUGAUAUUUUCAAUGCUUUUGGUGAUAAAUUGUUUGAUCCUUCCAUUUCUGAGGCAUUUGAUGGCUUGCUGUUGCAGCUGCUGCUGAAAUCUUCUCAGGAUAAAAAAUUUGUGUGUGAAGAAGCUGAUAGGGCACUUGGAUCAAUGGUGGAAUCCAUGACACCUCUUCCAUUGCUUCAGAAACUAAGGUUAUCUGUGAGUCACAAAAACCUUAGGAUCAGGGCUAAAGCUGCUGUUUCUCUAUCCAAAUGUGUCUCCAAAAUGGGAAUUGAGGAAAUGGAGGAGUUUGGGAUGGAAAAGUUGAUUGAAGUUGCAGCUGAUUUAGUGAAUGAUAGACUCCCAGAGGCAAGAGAUGCAGCAAGAAGUAUUGCAACUUCAGUGUACGAGGCAAUCAUUAAGGAUGUGGAAGAGGAACAGAAGAUGGAGGUGUGGCAGAGUUUCUGCCACUCUAAGCUAACACUAAUUAAUGCUCUUUCAAUUUUGAAGAUAGUUAAACUUUAGAAUUGGCAAAGUAUUUAUUUUGUGUACGUUUGCUCAUACUUGAGGCAUAUUUAGAAGUUUAGCCUUUAUUUGUGGCAGUGCUCAUGGUUCUACAUGAGCAGCCAUUGGCAAAUAAGAUUUCAUUUUGUUUGAUGUAGCUACAUUGCUUUUAUAUAUAGUUAUUUUAUAAUUAUAAAAUAA